CUGCUCAUUCAGACCAAUCCACCAUGCCUGAAGUCAAAGACCUUUCAGAAGCUUUGCCAGAGACGUCGAUGGAUCCCAUCACGGGAGUGGGGGUGGUGGCUUCUCGGAACCGAGCCCCAACAGGCUAUGAUGUAGUUGCACAGACAGCAGAUGGUGUGGAUGCUGACCUCUGGAAAGACGGCUUAUUUAAAUCCAAGGUUACCAGAUACCUGUGUUUCACGAGAUCAUUUUCCAAAGAAAAUAGUCAUUUAGGGAACGUGUUAGUGGAUAUGAAGCUCAUUGACAUCAAGGACACUCUGCCUGUGGGCUUCAUCCCAAUUCAGGAGACGGUGGACACACAGGAAGUGGCUUUUAGAAAAAAGAGGCUGUGCAUUAAAUUUAUCCCUCGGGAUUCAACUGAAGCUGCAAUUUGUGACAUUCGGAUCAUGGGCCGGACGAAACAGGCCCCGCCUCAGUACACGUUUAUUGGGGAACUGAACAGCAUGGGGAUCUGGUAUCGAAUGGGCAAAGUCCCCAGGAAUCAUGACUCAUCUCAACCCACAACGCCUUCCCAGUCAUCAGCUGUUUCCACCCCGGCCCCCAACCUUCCCAGGCACAUCUCUCUAACGCUCCCUGCUACCUUCCGAGGCAGGAACAGCACUCGAGCUGACUAUGAGUACCAGCACUCCAAUCUGUAUGCCAUAUCAGCGAUGGAUGGUGUGCCUUUUAUGAUUUCAGAGAAGUUUUCUUGUGUUCCAGAAAGUAUGCAGCCCUUUGAUCUCUUGGGAAUCACCAUCAAAUCUCUGGCAGAAAUUGAAAAAGAGUACGAGUACAGCUUCCGCACGGAGCAGAGCGCCGCCGCCCGGCUGCCACCCAGCCCCACGCGCUGCCAGCAGGUCCCCCAGUCCUGAGCCCGGCCGCCACACCACCGCGGGGCAGAAGACGCAGCCACCCAGACUCCUGAGCGCCCCUCCCACGCCCCGUCCGGUCCCUCCUGCCCUCACCCCCCCUGGGGGCUCAUCUGGGAGACGCUGAGCGGUUACGUCCUCGGCCAUCGGCUUGCCUGACGGGCCACCCCUGCCUCCCCGGGGACACUGUUCAUAAUCGCGACUAACCUGUGUUUGCUAUAGUGACCAGUGGCUCCUAGUGUGUCUGUGUGACACCAGCCUCCUCCACACCACCCCACCCCCGCAGGAGUCCCCCGAGGGCCCUGCACAGGUGCCGGUGCUGCCCAGUGACCCACUGGCUCGCUCUGACUGCCACUAGGUUGGCACAUUCCUUCUGGGAACCCGAGGUGGGUGGCAGCUCGGCACGCCCCCUCCAGGACUCUGCCAGCACCCCGACCCAGGGCCACCGGCAAACCGGCCCUCACACCCAUGACAGCACACGCCCUGAGGACACGAGGGAGGAAGAGGCCUGCGGUCCCCGAGAGGCCCCUGGCCCCACCGGUGCCACCCCUCAGACUCAGCCCCCAGUUCACAUACUGGACAUGCGGAGGUCAGGGAGCAGCCACUCGGCUGUCCCCACAGAGGACUUGCUUUUUGGACGAGAGGCCGAGGGACCUGGUGCUUGCUUGGAGGUGAGUUUGGCCGCCCAGGACACUGUGCUCACCCACCAUUCAGCCUGUUCCUCCUAAAGGGCUCACCCAUGCAGUGCCCGUGUGCCGGCUGCCUUGGCCCCGUGCCCUGACCCAGAGACACCCCCCGGGCUACGGGGAAGAGACCCUUGAGCCGGUGUCCAGCCUCAGGGGGACGUGGCCCCGCGGUCACCCAGCUUCUCAGCCAGGCUGCAUCUCGACCGGCUCUGCCAACAGCAAGAGUGGUUUUUAAAAGUCCGUCUGAGCCCAGUCAUCGAACUGGGGCAGCAUGGACAUUUCUGCCACAGCUGGCCAGAGGCCGCACUGGCCUCUCUCCCAGUGCUGGCUGCCAAGUUCAGCUCCACGCAGGUUCGCCAUGAGAACAGGGCUGCCACCCUCCCCCCGACAGCCUGCCUGCUCCAGUCACCAGGGUCAGUCUUAAUUCCAUAGCAUGCCGGGAUCUCCCACCUCCAAGGUCACCGGAGGGCGGGAGGUUGGGGGGAGGGGGCCAUGGAGAGCAGUGAGGUUCCCCACCACGAAGACAGCACAGCAGAGCCCCAGCCAGGGACGGUCCCCGCCUCCCCGUGGCUCCUGGGACGGCACGUGGUGGCUGGGGCUGACCUGGCCAGCAGUGUGGAGGGUGGCCGCCAGCUACCAAGAGGGGGCGGGGCAGAAAUACCUCCCGUAUCUGCCACCAGCUCUGCCACCUCCCGCCUGUCACCUCUGGAUCUUCAUGGCGAUACUUCCCGAUUUCUGUGCAGUAGGGACGCGGUCACCUCUCCCUCCCUUUGCCCAGACCCGGGUCGCCCCUGGUGGCAAUGGCCUUCCUGUGCCUCCCACCCAGCAAAGUGGCAAGAAGGGGCAGGCAGUGGAUCCCCCAGGGCCCAGGAGGCCAAGGACUACAGUGCUCAACCAAGAAGGAGCGAGUGCUGAGCUGUUCUUGAAUGGACCGUGGAGAUAAGCUGAUUGUGUGUCUGGGGAACUAGAGGGGCCCCGGAGAACCUGGGUCUCCUGCUGCUUGGUGCAUGGGUGGCUGCUCCAAAACCACGUGACCUGUGACCCCAAGCCCAACUGAGGGACGGCCCUGAUUCCUUCUGUCCCAUGCACUGGGUCUGUGCGCUUUGCUCCCCGCCUGACUGGAAGCUUGCCGUCUGACACGCAGCAGCUGGCAGCCCUUCGCCCUGGACUGACGGCCAGCUCUCGGGGUCCCAAAGACGACCUUGUGGGAGCCCAAGUCCGGGUGCAAGAAGGAGCCGGGCAGGGAGGGUGGCUGUCCUCCCGAGCCCCAGGCCAUGCUGCAUUUACGGGACGGAUGGAGAACAGGGACGGCAGGGUCACCAGGAAGAGGGCAGACGGCUGUGGACGUGGGCUGGGUCAUGGCCUCCACGGCACGGUAGAUGUAAGCUACGUGUAGCGGUGACUGAACGUCACCCUAAACCAUUAGGACACUUGGCAGCAACCCUGUUAGGGAAAGGUUGGUGUCUGUGGUAGAUUUUAGGCUGCUCCCAGCAGAGCAAGUGUGUGAUGACAGUAGCGGGGGGAGGGGGGCGUGUGCAGACACAGGGACACCCUGGACCCCUGGUGCACCCCUGGGAUGGAGCGACCUUUUCUUUCCCCUGUGGCCCUUCGGGAGGGAGGGAUAAGGGUCCUUGGAAGUGUGGAGGGCAGCGGCCGGGCCCCUGCUCCCCCAGAGACCAACCAGAGCACAGGCUCCCCCCAUCUUCUCUUCCCUCUAAAAACGCAUUCUCUCUCCAAAACCCUGGACAUGGCCCAGUGGGUAUAAGGGGGAAGUGGGGAGCUCCAUGUUCUUCUGCAAAUUUUUAUCAAGGCUUUCCCCGCCCCAAGGCCAGGGACCGAUAUGGGCCACGCCGCCUGCCCCUGGGAGAGCUGGGACCAGGUCACAACCCCCUGACCGCCCGUCUGCCUGGCUGGAAGCUCUGACCCUGCACGGCUGGCCGCCAGAGGCUCUGACAUUUGCGCCCACCCCCACCCUGUGUCGUUCUGAAAGGCAGUGCAGCGGGUGACACGGACUAACACGUACUAAGCACCUGCUCCUGGUCAGGCGCUAGCACAUUUCUCCUCUUUAAGCACAUUUUCUCCUAUUUUCCCCCCUCAAACAAGUACCCAGAAGUGGCUCUUAGUUGCUCCUGGUUAGAGAUGAAGUGGUGGCAACCCGUCCACAGCCCAAGCUGGGAAGUGACAGAUAGGCUUCGGGCCCCAGAGCCACGGUGCCCGUCCAGUAAAGGGCUUCCCAGCGCCACCAGCUGUGCUGCUCCGAGCAUGACAGUGUCGCCACCCCAAUGUGCCACGGUACUCGGAGAAGGGCGUGACCCCCCCUGCCUGCUCCCUCCACCAGACGAGGGCUCCCCUGAGAACCGGGAGCCCGAGGGCAAAGCAGGGCCUGGACCCAGCUGAGUGCCAGCAAGGGGUACACAGCCAGGCACUGCAUCAGUCCUGGAGCCCUCAGGUCUUUCCCUUUCUCUGCCCGUGCCGAAUGCCGCCCCCCAGCGGCUGUCACCACGAGACAGGGCUUCUGUUCUCCCAGCAAGAGGCGCACUAGCUGCCCUGUGACACUGGGGCCUCGGCCAGGCCGCUGUGCCCUUACCACGGGGACAACGUCCUUCCUGUAUUUAUUUGAGGUGACUCUCAUAUUUGGCGAAGGGAAGUUUCACUGUGUGAUUGUCUUAAUAUAAUUUGUUAAAUAAAUGUUUGUUUUAACCUUU